UGUACUGUCUCAUGUGGAGAAGUUUCUUGUGGAACACCAACCAGUAUUGAAUGAGCUUACCAACGAUAUACUAAGUGCCAUCUGUAACAUCAACGAGGAUUUGAUUGGCAAGGGUCGUUUUACAGUGUACGUGUGGGCGACAGAACACCAGCCACUUCAUGAGUUCUUGGAGGAGCAAAUCAAGGACGCUCUAAAGGUUGUAGUAGGGAGAAGGGGUUUAUCCAGUACUGAGGCGGAAAGACUGGCUGCUGUUUGGAGAUUUUUGGAUCGCUAUCCUUAUGUUACUUGGGGAAUGGACUCAAUAGUGGCUUCAUUUGAAGAAGCUCUCCAACGGCACUUGCAACAGCUGCUUGGUUCUGGUCUUUUUCAAGGCUGUAUGGAUGCGCUCAAGGUCAUAAAACCGCUCCCCGCAGGGAGAAUGGAGCCACAGCUGUCGUGUGUACUCAACAAGAUUGCUACUCUUACAAAGAAGGCCGAUACACAAGUUCUGGAAGCUGCUAAAUUAGCUCUACUCAGCUGUCUCAAUGAGAAGGAGUUUGGGAUUAAAUGCCUUCAGACUGUCAUCCAGAGCCUGCGUGAUGUGUUGGAGCAAGAAACUCAAGGGGAUGAGCUGGUCAACUUUGUCUUGUCCACGUGCAUGACCGAGUGUGGUAGAUGUUUGAAGGAUCUGGUUGCUUGUGUGGAAUCUGCUGAACAGAAGAAUAAGGGAAGAAAGAAGUAUUAUACCUUUGAUUCGCUGAAACUCAUGGCUGAGAAUGUGAUCUUGCAAAGCCAGGCGUUGGAGUUAGUUUCUUUGGUCACUGCUCUGCGGAAGGAGAAGCUUUCAAACGAGGAGACAAGAUCAAUUCUGGAAGAGAGUCUGGAAAACAUUUCAGAUGGUUUGGCAAACAAUUCUUCUUACCCACAAGAAGAUCUCUUUGGUUUAAUGUACGACCUUCUUGGCAUCAGAAUCGGAGAUGAGUUAGCUGGCUUUGCUUUAGAUCUGUUGAUUAAGAGACUGAAGAAGAAAAAUAAGAUGGAAGAGCUUCUCAACCAACAGGAGUUGCUAGAUCCCUUUGUUCCAGUCGUUAUUGGUUUCUUGAGUAACACACAGUUUGUGUCUUCGGCUCUGAGUAGUUUGGAUUUGCUGAUGAGUAAAAAAUUACCUUCCCUCACCCCUGAAGCUGAAGGAGAUAGUUAUGAUGAAGGAGAAAGCAAGGUUUUAGAUUUGGCAGUGAAUAGUGAAAAUGAGGAAAUCAGAUUGAUAGGCAAAAAGAUACUGUUGGAUUUUUUGCACAAGGAUUCCCUUCGUGAUGAGCAAAGAUUAUUGAAGCAGACGGGGUAUCUUCUGGAGAAGCUAAG